AUGUACUAUGACUUUAAUAUUCCGUAUCCAAGCAAUCCAACAAAAGAAGAUUUGAAUCGAAUAGAGAAAAUAUUAGAACGUAUUCAUUCUGACCAGUCAAGUAUCAUUGCACUUAAUGUGUCUUCAAAAUCAGGUGUCUCUGAAGUGAAGCCUGUAUUACCUAUUGCACCAGAUCGUUUUCCUAAUAUGAAACAAUUGACAAGGGCGACUAUAGAAAUCGAUGAUCAUAGAAAGAACUAUCAGCUCUCAAGCAGUUCUACUUCUACACAUGUUGAUAUUUUAGCAGUUCGUCCCGGCACAAUUGAUGUCUGUAAACACGCUUGUCAAAACUUGGAAGUUGAUGUCAUAUCUUUGGAUUUGGCAAAUACAAAGACAGCACCCAAUUUUGCUGCUGCUCAAGUGGCUGUAGGUCGUGGUAUCUUUUUUGAAAUAUGUUAUGCACAAUCAUUUAAAAAUCCUGGAAAAAAGGCAGCCUUUUUCAGCAAUGUUAAGCGGUUAGUGGAUGUAACCAGAGGCCAUAACUUAUUUUUCUCAAGUGAAGCAUUAAGAGCUUUAGAGAUUAGAAAACCCGCAGAUCUAAGAAUCCUUGGCGCACUCUUUGGAAUGACUCAAGACCAGAUCGAAGCCUCUGUUACCCUGAAUUAUGCAAAGCUAUUAAAGAAAGCAGAAACGAGAAAAUCAACUUACAAUGCAGCUAUUCGUAACCAAGAAGUAUCAAAAGCAGAAAAACGUAAGCAAGAAAAUCAAGGGCAACAGAACAAAAGCAACAAAAAGGCCAAGAAGGCACAAUGAGU